AUGCGCGGCGCCGGUGGCCCCCGCGGCCCUCGGGGCCCCGCUAAGAUGCUGCUGCUGCUGGCGCUGGCCUGCGCCAGCCCGUUCCCGGAGGAGGUGCCGGGGCCGGGCGGGGCCGGCGGGCCUGGCGGGGGCCCCGGCGGGGCGCGACCUCUCAACGUGGCGCUCGUGUUCUCGGGGCCCGCGUACGCGACCGAGGCAGCGCGACUGGGCCCGGCCGUGGCGGCGGCCGUGCGCAGCCCGGGCCUGGACGUGCGGCCGGUGGCGCUGGUGCUCAACGGCUCGGACCCACGCAGCCUCGUGCUGCAGCUCUGCGACCUGCUGUCGGGGCUGAGGGUGCACGGCGUCGUCUUCGAGGACGACUCGCGCGCGCCCGCCGUCGCGCCCAUCCUUGACUUCCUGUCGGCGCAGACCUCGCUGCCCAUCGUGGCCGUGCACGGCGGCGCCGCGCUCGUGCUCACGCCCAAGGAGAAGGGUUCCACCUUCCUGCAGCUGGGCUCGUCCACAGAGCAGCAGCUUCAGGUCAUCUUCGAGGUGCUGGAGGAAUACGACUGGACGUCUUUUGUAGCUGUGACCACACGUGCCCCCGGCCACCGGGCCUUCCUGUCCUAUAUUGAGGUGCUGACUGAUGGCAGCCUGGUGGGCUGGGAGCACCGCGGGGCAUUGACGCUGGACCCCGGGGCUGGCGAGGCCGUGCUGGGCGCCCAGCUCCGUAGUGUCAGUGCGCAGAUCCGCCUGCUCUUCUGUGCCCGUGAGGAGGCCGAGCCUGUGUUCCGGGCAGCCGAGGAGGCUGGCCUCACUGGGCCCGGCUACGUCUGGUUCAUGGUGGGGCCCCAGCUGGCUGGAGGCGGGGGCUCGGGCACCCCUGGGGAGCCCCUUCUUCUGCCAGGAGGCGCCCCACUGCCUGCCGGGCUGUUUGCAGUGCGCUCGGCAGGCUGGAGGGAUGAUCUGGCCCGGCGUGUGGCAGCUGGCGUGGCCGUAGUGGCCAGAGGUGCCCAGGCCCUGCUGCGUGACUAUGGCUUCCUGCCUGAACUUGGCCAUGACUGUCGCGCCCAAAACCGCACCCACCGAGGGGAGAGUCUACACAGGUACUUCAUGAACAUUACCUGGGAUAACCGGGAUUACUCCUUCAAUGAGGAUGGCUUCCUGGUGAACCCCUCCCUGGUGGUCAUCUCCCUCACCCGAGACAGGACGUGGGAGGUGGUGGGCAGCUGGGAGCAGCAGACUCUCCGCCUCAAGUACCCGCUGUGGUCCCGCUACGGCCGCUUCCUGCAGCCAGUGGAUGACACGCAGCACCUCACCGUGGCCACGCUGGAAGAGAGGCCUUUCGUCAUUGUGGAGCCCGCCGACCCCAUCAGUGGCACUUGCAUCCGAGACUCCGUCCCCUGCCGGAGCCAGCUCAACCGCACCCACAGCCCUCCGCCGGACGCCCCCCGCCCAGAAAAGCGGUGCUGCAAGGGCUUCUGCAUCGACAUUCUGAAGCGGCUGGCGCAGACCAUCGGCUUCAGCUAUGACCUCUACCUGGUCACCAACGGCAAGCACGGCAAAAAGAUUGAUGGUGUCUGGAACGGCAUGAUCGGGGAGGUGUUCUACCAGCGCGCGGACAUGGCCAUUGGCUCCCUCACCAUCAACGAGGAGCGGUCCGAGAUAGUGGAUUUCUCCGUCCCCUUCGUGGAGACAGGCAUCAGCGUUAUGGUGGCGCGUAGCAAUGGCACUGUGUCCCCCUCGGCCUUUCUCGAGCCAUACAGCCCUGCCGUGUGGGUGAUGAUGUUCGUCAUGUGCCUCACUGUGGUCGCCGUCACUGUUUUCAUCUUUGAGUACCUCAGUCCCGUCGGCUACAACCGCAGCCUGGCCACGGGCAAACGCCCUGGCGGCUCAACUUUCACCAUUGGGAAAUCCAUCUGGCUGCUCUGGGCCCUGGUGUUCAAUAACUCGGUGCCCGUGGAGAACCCCCGGGGGACCACCAGCAAAAUCAUGGUGCUGGUGUGGGCUUUCUUCGCCGUCAUCUUCCUCGCCAGCUACACAGCCAACCUGGCCGCCUUCAUGAUCCAGGAGGAGUAUGUGGAUACCGUGUCUGGGCUCAGUGACCGAAAGUUCCAGCGGCCCCAGGAGCAGUACCCGCCCCUGAAGUUUGGGACGGUGCCCAACGGGUCCACAGAGAAGAACAUCCGCAGCAACUACCCCGACAUGCACAGUUACAUGGUGCGCUACAACCAGCCCCGCGUAGAGGAAGCGCUCACUCAGCUCAAGGCAGGGAAGCUGGACGCCUUCAUCUACGACGCGGCUGUGCUCAACUACAUGGCCCGCAAAGAUGAGGGCUGCAAGCUCGUCACCAUCGGCUCGGGCAAGGUCUUUGCCACCACAGGCUACGGCAUCGCUCUGCACAAGGGUUCCCGCUGGAAGCGGCCCAUCGACCUGGCACUUCUGCAGUUCCUGGGGGAUGAUGAGAUCGAGAUGCUGGAGCGGCUGUGGCUCUCGGGGAUCUGCCACAAUGACAAAAUCGAGGUGAUGAGCAGCAAGCUGGACAUCGACAACAUGGCGGGCGUCUUCUACAUGCUCCUGGUGGCCAUGGGCCUCUCCCUGCUGGUCUUCGCCUGGGAGCACCUGGUGUACUGGCGCCUGCGGCACUGCCUGGGGCCCACCCAUCGCAUGGAUUUCCUGCUGGCCUUCUCCAGGGGCAUGUACAGCUGCUGCAGCGCGGAGGCUGCCCCGCCGCCCGCCAAGCCCCCGCCGCCGCCGCAGCCGCUGCCCAGCCCGGUAUACCCGGCGGCGAGGCCCGCUCCCGGCCCCGCGCCCUUCAUGCCCCGCGACCGCGCCACUGUGGACCGCUGGCGCCGCGCCAAAGGUGCAGGGCCGCCGGGCGGCGCGAGCUUGGCCGACGGCUUCCACCGCUACUACGGCCCCAUCGAGCCGCAGGGCCUGGGCGUGGGCGAGGCGCGCGUCGCGCCCCGGGGCGCAACUGGGCGCCCGCUAUCGCCGCCGGCUACGCAGCCCCCGCAGAAGCCGCCGCCCUCCUACUUUGCCAUCGUGCGCGACAAAGAGCCGGCCGAGCCCCCCGCCGGCGCCUUCCCUGGCUUCCCGUCGCCGCCCGCGCCCCCGGCCGCCGCGGCCACAGCCGUCGGGCCGCCGCUCUGCCGCCUGGCCUUCGAGGACGAGAGCCCGCCGGCGCCCACGCGCUGGCCGCGCUCGGACCCCGAGAGCCAGCCCCUGUUGGGCCCCGGCGCGGGGGGCGCGGGCGGUGCGGGGGGCGCGGGCGGCGGAGUCCAGGCCGCGCCACCCCCGUGCCGCGCCGCGCCGCCCCCCUGUCCUUACCUUGACCUAGAGCCGUCGCCGUCGGACUCGGAGGACUCGGAGAGCCUGGGCGGCGCGUCGCUGGGCGGCCUGGAGCCCUGGUGGUUCGCCGACUUCCCCUACCCGUACGCCGAGCGUCUCGGGCCGCCGCCUGGCCGCUACUGGUCGGUCGACAAGCUCGGGGGCUGGCGCGCCGGCAGCUGGGACUACCUGCCCCCGCGCAGCGGCCCCGCCGCCUGGCACUGUCGCCACUGCGCCAGCCUGGAGCUGCUGCCGCCUCCGCGCCAUCUCAGCUGCUCACACGACGGCCUGGACGGCGGCUGGUGGGCGCCGCCGCCCCCGCCCUGGGCCGCGGGGCCCCCGCCCCGGCGCCGGGCCCGCUGCGGAUGCCCGCGGUCACAUCCUCACCGCCCACGGGCCUCGCACCGCGCGCCCGCAGCUGCCGCGCCGCACCACCACCGGCACCGGCGCGCCGCGGGGGGCUGGGACCUCCCGCCGCCCGCGCCCACCUCGCGAUCGCUCGAGGACCUCAGCUCGUGUCCCCGCGCCGCCCCCGCGCGCAGGCUCACCGGGCCCUCCCGCCACGCGCGCCGGUGCCCGCACGCCGCGCACUGGGGGCCGCCGCUGCCCGCUGCGCCCCACCGGAGACACCGGGGCGGGGACCUGGGUACCCGCCGGGGCUCGGCGCACUUUUCCAGCCUCGAGUCCGAGGUAUGA